UAUUGCGUCGUCUAAAAAUAGAUCACACAGGUAAAUACGUUAUUUAGCCCACGGACAAGUUAAGUGCUCAGGUUUUCUUUGUGUAUGUUUAACAUUCCUUCUAUACAGCGAACGCUUUGUCAGACGGUUCAUUAUACAAGUUUAAAAGCUGAAAACAUUUAGCAGGUGUUUUAUUGAUUUGCAAGUGAACGAAAUUUAGGGAUAUUUAUCUCGUUAUAGACCAGUGAUCAAUCAAAGAUUAUGUGACGAUUUCGAGUUUUAGACGUUAUUUGGAUUAUUUAAUCAGAGAUAAACAGUGUGCUAUAUAUGAGCAUGAUUCAUAUAUAAGACAUUAGACCCCAAAUAAAGUCGCGACAUUCUGAGUGUUUAACAUGGAUCUACCAAAAUUCCUGUGUUGUUUGGGUCUUUUCCUCGAAACAUAUCAACUGGUCUUCUGCUCCGAGUUUUUCGCGGACAAUCGUUUACAGCAGACGAUGAUUGUUGACCACCACAACAAACGCAAACAGGCAGAAAUGCAGCACGAAAUUUUGACGUUACUCGGCCUACACCAACGUCCGAACAUCGUGAAACACGAAUACGAAAAUUCGGCACCAAAGUUCAUGAUUACCCUGUAUAAUUCGCUGCUUAACGAAGACGGAGAAACAGUAACAGACGACAUAGAGUUCCACAGUAGAGUCAACCUUACAUUGGGAAAAGCCAUAGAACACAUAAAUGGAACUGACGUCAUACGUAGUUUUAUUAACCACGCAAGCAAGAUACCCCACUUGCGUCACGACCGGGACAUCACUUUCUACUUUGACACGACUGACGUCGCCAUGUCGGAGCUCGUCAUGGGGGCCGAGUUCCGGUUGUAUAAGGAGGGCCGGAAGUCCCGAGAUGCCGACUGUAGGAUCGAGAUCUUUCGAAUAGCACAGGGACAUGAUCUUGAGCUUAGGAGUGAAGAGAGAGAAGAGCCCAUUGUACAAGUUGGGGGAGAAGCACUAUGGUCGCCUGUCCAUGCCAGCAACGGUUUCAGAUGGCGACGAAGACAUGACAACUCUUGAUGAGGAAGACAUAGAGGUGGCCUCCUCCACUAUGUCCCUAAAA